CGGAUGUAGUUGGUGGAGCGGCGGCGGCUGUAGCAGCGGCAGCAGGCGGCGAGAGGGACCCGGCGGCGGCGAGGACGGCGGGCGGCGGCGGAGCAGGAGGAGGGAAGGUGCUGGAGGCGUUCGCUCUCCGCGGGGACCGGAACACGGCCUCUCACCCCCCUCCCCCCGGCUCGCGCUGCCGCCCUGUAGUUGGCACCUCUGCCCCAGCCGACCCCGAGCGGUGGUGACGGAGGGACAUGGCCCGGGACCGCCGGCGCCAGUAACGGGGAGGUGCCGCGAGCCGCCGAGGCUGCGCCGAGUCCUGGUGCCGGGGCUGCCCGCCGCCUGCCCGCCGACCGCGCGCGCGCGCCCGCCCGGCCGGUCGCUCGCUCGCUCGCCCGCCCGCCUCGCGGCUGCUCUCCCCCUCCCCGACACACACACACAGCCGGGCAUUGAUGGUAAUGUAUGCGAGGAAACAGCAGAGACUCAGUGAUGGCUGUCACGACCGGAGGGGGGACUCUCAGCCUUUCCAGGCACUUAAGUAUUCGUCAAAGAGUCACCCCAGUAGUGGUGAUCACAGACAUGAAAAGAUGCGAGACGCCGCAGAUCCUUCACCACCAAACAAAAUGUUGCGGAGAUCUAAUAGUCCUGAAAACAAAUACAGUGACAGCACAGGUCACAAUAAGGCCAAAAAUGUGCAUACUCAGAGAGUUAGAGAAAGGGAAGGUGGGACCAGUUACUCUCCACAAGAAAAUUCACACAACCACAGUGCUCUUCAUUGUUCAAAUUCACAUUCUUCUAAUCCAAGCAAUAAUCCAAGCAAGACUUCAGAUGCACCUUAUGAUUCUGCAGAUGAUUGGUCUGAGCACAUUAGCUCAUCUGGAAAAAAAUACUACUACAAUACUACAGUGGAAGACAAGCAUUCCAGCGAUGCCAGUAGUUUGCUCCCACAGAAUAUAUUGUCUCAAACAAGCAGACACAAUGACAAAGACUACAGACUGCCAAGAGCAGAGACUCACAGUAGCUCUACGCCAGUACAGCACCCCAUCAAACCAGUGGUUCAUCCAACCGCUACCCCAAGCACUGUUCCUUCUAGUCCAUUUACGCUUCAGUCUGAUCACCAGCCAAAGAAAUCAUUUGAUGCUAAUGGAGCAUCUACUUUAUCAAAACUGCCUACACCCACAGCUUCUCUCCCUGCACAGAAAACAGAGAGAAAAGAUUCUGCUCCAGGAGACAAAUCAAUAUCACAUUCUUGCACAACUCCUUCCACAUCUUCAGCCUCUGGCCUGAACCCUACAUCUGCGCCCCCAACAUCUGCUUCAGCAGUACCUGUUUCUCCCGUUCCACAGUCAACAAUACCUCCAUUACUUCAGGACCCAAAUCUUUUUAGACAGUUACUUCCUGCUUUGCAAGCCACUCUGCAGCUUAAUAAUUCUAAUGUGGACAUAUCCAAAAUAAAUGAAGUUCUUACAGCAGCUGUAACACAAGCUUCCCUGCAGUCUAUCAUCCACAAGUUUCUUACUGCUGGACCAUCUGCUUUCAAUAUCACCUCGCUGAUUUCUCAAGCUGCCCAGCUUUCUACACAAGCCCAGCCAUCUAAUCAGUCUCCAAUGUCUCUGACGUCUGAUGCUUCAUCCCCAAGAUCCUAUGUGUCUCCAAGAAUAAGCACACCUCAAACUAACACAGUCCCUAUGAAACCUUUGAUUAGUACUCCACCUGUUUCAUCACAGCCAAAGGUUAGUACUCCAGUAGUUAAGCAAGGACCAGUGUCACAUUCGGCUACACAGCAGCCUGUAACUGCUGACAAGCAGCAGGGUCAUGAUCCUGUCUCUCCACGAAGUCUUCAGCGCUUAAGUAGCCAGAGAAGUCCAUCGCCUGGUCCCAAUCAUACUUGUAGUAGUAACACAUCAACUGCACCUGUUGUACCACAGAAUGCAUCUGCUAGACCUGCGUGCUCAUUAACACCUACUCUAGCAGUGCACUUCAAUGAUAAUCUCAUAAAACACGUUCAAGGGUGGCCUGCAGACCAUGCAGAGAAACAGGCAUCAAGAUUGCGUGAAGAAGCCCAUAAUAUGGGAAGUGUUCACAUGUCAGAAAUAUGUACUGAGUUAAAAAAUUUGAGAUCAUUAGUUCGAGUAUGUGAAAUUCAAGCAACUUUGCGAGAGCAGAGAAUACUGUUUUUGAGACAACAAAUUAAGGAACUCGAAAAGCUAAAAAAUCAGAAUUCCUUCAUGCUAGGACUUCGAGUACUAGGUAGCGACUUUGAUUUCUGUUUCCAUGAUCUUCUAUUGCUGAGAGUGGUGAAGAGACCCAGAUUUGGGCCUCUAUCAGGCCGAGGCCGUGCACUGAAGGACGACGAGACCAGGCGUUCGGAUGCAAGAGCAAAGAGGCUUUUAUUUAGGGCUACGGGUACCCGGGCAUCUGCUCUCAGGAGAGUGGCACGCCGAUGUACUCCGGUGCGGGGCUUUUAUAGGGUACAUGAGCCGGAGGCGGGCAUACAGAAGCCGAUGCAUGGUUACAGGUCUCUGAUUGGGUGA